AUGGGAAUGCCCUCCGAACGGAAAAAAGCUAAACCACCAUGGAACAAGUCUCCAGUCGAUUUAAGAGAUCCCAAGGUGUUUGAGGCUCUGAAAUGGCAGCUGGUAACCAUAUUUGGCCCAAAUGGAUCUCGAAUCCCAUACUUCAAGCAAGUGUGCAAGACCAUGCUCAAGUUGAAGGUCUGGGCAUCCUCGAACUUGAGCAAAGUUGUUUUCUAUGCCUCCUACUUGCAUAAAUUACAGGCCAAGUGGAUGCUUGAGUCUCUGGCCCAGUGGCACUGCCAGCAACAAGAACCAGGAAUGCUGAAAUUUGAGGAAGCCAUGAGUAUUGUAAUCUGUCAUACAGUUUCCUAA